AUGCGCAACAUGAUGAGUGGAAACAUCAAGAAGAAGAUCGAGAUCGUGAAAGAGACCGGGGUUCGCUUCAAGGACGUCGCUGGAAUCAACGAGGCCAAAACGGAGAUCAUGGAAUUCAUCGACUUCCUCAAGAACCAAGAGAAAUACCUCAACAUCGGAGCUCGCAUUCCCAAGGGAGCUCUGCUCUCCGGUCCCCCCGGUACCGGCAAAACGCUCCUCGCGAAGGCGGCGGCAGGCGAAGCGAGCGUUCCGUUUCUGUACAUGAGCGGCUCGGAUUUCAUCGAAUUGUACGCGGGCGUGGGAGCGAAGCGAGUGCGCGAUCUCUUCGCGGAGGCGCGGAAAAACGCGCCGUGCAUCGUGUUCAUCGACGAAAUCGAUGCGAUCGGCAAGAAGCGAGGCGGUGGCCGCUAUUCUGGCGCCUCGGACGAACGCGAACAAACGUUGAAUCAGAUCUUGGUGGAAAUGGACGGAUUCAAAUCGACGGAUAACGUCGUGGUGCUCGCCAGCACGAACCGAGUCGACAUUUUGGACCCCGCGCUGCUUCGCGCUGGGCGGUUUGACCGGCAUAUCGAUGUGGAGAAGCCGGAUUUGCAGGGCCGACGCGACAUUGCCGAGAUCUAUCUAAAGCGCGUGAAGCUCCACGAUGAUCGGGAAAUGCUGGCGAAGCAAAUCGCGGAGUUGACGCCCGGAUAUACGGGAGCGGAUAUCAGCAACAUCGUGAACGAAGCGGCGCUGCAAGCGGUGCGUCGAGGCGUCGACGAGGUGUGGCUGCAGGAUAUCAUGAAUGGAGCGGACCGCGUGAUGUGCGGCAUGAAGAAAGAGAGCAAAACGAUGCAGCAGCGAGAGCGGCAGCGCGUCGCGUAUCACGAAGCGGGUCAUGCGGUGAUUGGAUGGCUCUGCGAACACACCGAUCCGUGUCUGAAAGUGUCGAUUAUCCCGCGGACGAACGGCGCGUUGGGGUUCACGCAGAGUCUCCCGAAAGAGCUCGCGAUGUACUCCGAGGCGGAGUUGAAAGAACUGCUCGUGCAGAUUUUGGGAGGCCGCGCGGCGGAGAAAGUGUGCAUGGGCGAUGUGACCACGGGAAGCCAAGACGAUCUGCGGAAAGGAACGGAGAUCGCGGAGGGCAUGGUGGCGAAGUAUGGCUUCAGCGAGAAGCUGGGACCGGUGUGGUACGGCGUGGAGGAUCCGGAAGAGGCGGGGAGUGUGAGCGAAGAAACGGCGAAGACGAUCGAGGCGGAGAAGCGGCGGUUGAUGGUGGAGGCGUAUCAGAAGGCUGUGGAGAUGCUGAAGGAGAAUCGGGGAUAUGUGGAUCAGCUGGCGAAGCUGUUGCUGGAGAAGGAAACGGUGACGAGUGUUGAUUUAGAGAAGAUUAUGGGGAAGCGAAAGGGGACGAAUCCGGAUGGGUUCUCGGAACUUGUAAAGGAUUUGGAGAGGGGAUUGUGA